GCGGCAGUUGUAUUUUUAGGUUAUGUGCAUUGUUUUAAAAUUUUAAAAUAUUCCAAUGAUUGAUUUGAUGGAAGCUAAUAGAAAAAACUUGAGCGAACCUUUUUAUGUAAAACAGUUAUCAGAAUAUGGGCAAAUAGUCUGUAUUCAAUUUUCUCCCUUCGAAUGGUCUCAAGAUGUGUUCUUAAUUGGUUUCAAGAAGAAAAUAUUGCUUGCCCACUUAGAAAUAACUGAUAUUCUUUCAGUAAAAAUUGUUACGGAAUUUUCACAUCCAGUACGAUGUACAACGUUAAGUAUAUCUCCGGAUACAUCGCUUGUAGCCUUACCAAGUAAAGUUGUGUUUUGUGCUGGAGGCAGUGAUUUCAAAAUUAGAGUGUUUAAUAGUGACCUUUCCGAAAACAGCACCUGUAAAGUACUUAGCGGUCACAUAAGUUAUAUAAACGACUGCAUGUAUGAUCCAGAAAAUAACUACUUGGCAUCAACUAGUGAUGAUAACACUGUAAAAAUUUGGUCUACAGAUGAUUAUGUUCUGAAAUCAACUUUUUCUCUUACAUCUCCAGGAAUCAGUGUUUGCUGGCAUCGUGCUGAUAGUUGUAAGCUUUUAGUAGCUGAAAAAAUUGGAAUUAUAAGAUUUUAUAAUGUAGAAACCGAAACAUCCAUAUUAUCCAUUGAUUAUAAUAAACCAUUAUCUUGUGCUCACUGGGCACCAUCAGAUAGUGAUGUAAUAGCAUCCCUUCAACUUGGUGAAUUACUUAUAUGGAACCUAUCGAAACCCUGUUUACCAGUUCAGAUCAAUACGCUAUUUCCAGAAAAUGGGGGAUGUAUUCAAUUUUCACCUCAAGGGGAGCUUAUAGCAGCAGUAAAUAGUUUGGAUGGUAGUUUGAGAAUUUUUCAUGUAAAGAGUCAGGCAGUAAAACUAACGGCUGGAGUUACUUUACCAACGAAUCUUUGCUGGCAUUAUAGAUAUCCAUUAGUGUGUAUUGCAGAUGAUUUUAAAUUGUGUUUUUGGAAAGUUACUGCUAAUUAGGUUUAUUUUAUGAAUAAAUCAAUUUUGAGAA